AUGGCUUCAAUUAAAGUUGGUGACUGUGACAUUCAACCCCUUAAGCAUGUUAGAAAUCUUGGCACAUGGUUUGAUAACCAUAUGUCUAUGAAUACUCACAUAGGAAAGGUGUGUAGUAAGGCAUUUAGGGGGCUUUAUAAUAUUAGGCAAAUUAGGAAAUAUCUGUCUGCAGAAUCAACAAAGUGUUUAAUCCAUGUGUUUGUUACAUCACAUUUAGAUUAUUGCAACGCUCUUUUGUAUAAGCUUCCGCAAUAUCAAUAUGACUGACUUCAAACAGUUCUUAAUGCGACGGCUCGGGUUACAUGCUUAAUUCCUAAGCUUGCUCAUAUUACUCAAGUACUUAGGGAACUUCAUUGGUUGCCAGUGAAAUUUAGAUUAGAAUUUAAGAUUGCUCUUUUAGUUCUUAAAACGUUGAACGGCCUGGCCCCACAAUAUUUAUCUGAACUACUUGUUGUAAAGCCUAGAACUAGAUACAGCCUGCAGUCUGAUUCUGAAACAUUGCUGAUGAUCCCUAAGGUGGCACGGAAGACUUUUGGCGAUCGAGGAGCCUUUUUUCCAUGCUGGACCAACAGUAUGGAAUGCUUUGCCAUAAUAGAAACUGUAGGAACAUUGACUCUUUUAUAGUACAGUUGGAGACUUAUCUUUUUAAGAAAGCUUUUAAUUUGCAAUUUUAUAUUCUUAUUACUAUUAUUAUUUCUGUCCAUUUAUUGUAUAUAUUUAUUUUCUUGUACAUAUUGUCAAGCGCUUUAGAAUAUUUUAAUAGUUAAAGCCCUAUAUUAAAUGUAAUAAAUUAUUAUUAUUAUUAUUAUUAUUAUUAUUAUUAUUAUUAUUAUUAUUAUUAUUAAGCGACUUCCACCAAUGCGGUGCUGCAAAAGAGAAAGGCUUAAUUGUUCAUAGGUAAUUAAAUUAACAGAUGGUACUUCAAGUAGUAGGUUAAUCAUGUGCCAUAAAUUGCAACCAAUAUGUUUAUGAAUUUAAAGGUUGAAAUGUUUAACAACAGCUUGGAACAAUAUUAAACUGUAGACUAAUAAAAUAAGGUCACCUAGUUUUAAUUUAAGAAUGUCACUGGUCUUUGUAUACCUUCCAAAAGGAAAGGUCUAACUACAGCAAACAGUUUACAAGGAUAAUGAAGUGUCCGCAUUAACAAGGUUGACUUUUUAUAAGAAUCUGUUGAUUGGAGAAAAGAUAAGUUUCUGUUGUCCACAUUAACAGCUGGUGUCCAGGUGAGAAAAUGUAAGGGCUUUCCCCGGGGACAAAGAAAACAAUCCGUAAUAAUGAGGUGUCUGUAUUUAGCAGGUGUCCGUAAAGCGGGAUUUGAGAGUACUUAUGGUCAACUCUCUCUAAACAGAGAGACAGGGAUCUCAGUUUCUGUAAAAGUGACACUUAGAGGUGGUCUCUGCCUGUCUUUACUUCUCUUAGUUGAUUCUCUAUAAGACGAACAUCUCUCUAAGACAGACACUGUCUUAUUCAGCGUGCAAAGAAAGUAGUGUCUGAUAGCCUGGGGUUAGUGGAUUUUGCUAUCGACUAGUGAUUUUUGUUCUUUGGUCUUGACUGACAGGUAAAAUUUGACGUUUUCAUAAUUUCCAUGGCAACAUGAACGAUUGAAUACAACCUUAAAAUUUCACUUUUGCUCAGUUUACACAAAAUUCGUUCAAUAGAUUUUCCUAUAAAUUUGCACACAGCUUACUAUAAUAAUUACUAUUACUAUAAUAAUUACUAUUACCAUUUGAAACUUUUUUGACCAAAUUUUAACCAACGGGUUUUUAGAGAAUCAAUGAUAUAAUUGUACUGUAAUUAUUAAAUGUGUCACAAAAUUCGUCUGUUCAACUUCCAUUUUAAAGUUCUCAUUAUUUAGAAUACGACAAAAGUAAAAAUUCUGCCAAAUAUCACAAAAUUUUAAUGAGUAGAUUUUAUGAAAUCGUCUUCUGUGUACCAUUGCUUUUUCGCUGCCAUGUUUGUUUGUUUAAGUUAAAACACACCCUGUCACGAAAGUUACCUCUGACCACCCACAAAAUUGUGUUCAGCCACCUUAAGGCCCAAGAUCCAUAAACAAAUUCUCUAGACUGAUCUCCAUACAUUUCUUUUAAGAAUAGUUGAGAGAAUUUGGUCUAAGAUCAAAGUGUUCUCCCUUUGGUAAUUAAUCUAGUAAUUCUCAUAACCUUUACUCUUGAUGAUCUGCUAAUGUUGUUGGGAGAAAAUUGAUGUUGGUCACUCUUGGGACCUAAAGGGUUAAUCCCUGAUGCUCCUGGAAUAUCCACCACUUAAUUUAAGCCUUGCAAAAUUAAAAGCAAACAACGAAACUAAAUAAGUUCAAAACAGAUUUACAUGUACUGCUACAAGUUAAGCAGGCUACAUUUAUAAGUUUGUACCAAAUCUCAGUAAUCAUGUGCGAUAAAUUGCAACCAAUAUGUUUAUGAAUUUAAAGGUUGAAAUGUUUAACAACAGCUUGGAACAAUAUUAAACUGUAGACUAAUAAAAUAAGGUCACCUAGUUUUAAUUUAAGAAUGUCACUGGUCUUGUGUAUACUUAAUUAGAAGGUUACUGAAAGCCUGCAAAAUUAUAGAUCAGCACUGAAUCAAAAAAAAAUGACAAAAAACAAAUAUUAUAAAUAUAGGAAUAUUUUUGUCGAACGUUAAAGAAACACAAGUUUUAGAUAAACUUACUAAGCUGUCGCUGAAUAAGAGGGCCAUUGAUCGAUAAAGGGAAAGGAGUUUAUAUGUUAUAAAAACAAAUGUAAGCUUAUAUUUUUUUUACAUAAUAAACGACAAAUCGAUUGAAUUUUGAAAAAACCAAAUCGAUUACAAUCAUGAUAAUAUAAUAGGAUUAUACCGGCCCCCAAACGACUUUUCGUUUAUGGAAAUAUACUGUUGGUAGACAACGUUAAAGGUAGGAUUACAAAAGCCAUCUCUUUGAAUAUUUAACAUUCAAUACCGCUUCGUACAGUUUCGUUCUUAACAUUAUUUUCGCGUCUAUAACAUCACAGAUCAAGAUUUCGCAGACAGCGAUAACAGUACCUUUUCCAAUUAAAAUAUAAGUUUAACAUAUUUAAGCUUUUAUUGAGAAAAACUCCCGAUGGUAAAAAAAAUAGAAAAUUUCGAUUUGUGCGAACGUCGUAUUUUGGAGCAGAGUAGAAAUAUUGGAAUGUACACAAGAUCGACGCGAAGAGGUUCGAGAACGUUUGAUCGAGAUCAUAACAAUUUUAAGACGAAACUUGAAUUGUGAUCAAGUUCUCCCUUCACGAUCACUCAACGAAAGAUUCAAACAUAAAAAAAACUGCUAAUUUACCAACAAUGACUAGAAAAGGUUAUAGUUAUUAAAGAUUUGUAAGGUAGUGAUAAUUAUCUUGUAGAAUAAGACUGGCCUCACAGGACUUCUACCAAAGGAGGCCGGAAGUACAAUUUUCUCGGAAAUGAUUUUACCUUGAGCACGUCCAUUAUCACUUUUAACGUCGUUGCCACGCUGUCGUCGUAAACUUCAGGCACGUUAGCCCCAGAGAAAGCGUCUCGGGACAUUUGUUGGAUUGGAUCAAGCGAUUGUCGUCGUGGAGAGAAAGAUUGUAUCGUUAAUAAUAAUCAUUUGACGAACAUGGCUUGUUUGCUUUUAUCUUUAAAUAUGGCGCCUUUGUUCGCAGCCUCGCAACUGUGACUUCCGCUUUUCUCUGGGGAGGGGAAAGGAGAUUUGUGUUUUCAGCUGAGGAAAAUUAAUUGGCUCCCGUUAUUAUUGUUAUUUCUACUACUGCUUUUGGCGUUAUUUAUUUUAUUUUAUUUUUUUCAUUUGGUGUAUGUAUGGGGCAAGAACUUGGAGCACGAGCCUUUCGGCGAGCAAAUUUAUGUUUGUUUUCCGUUGAAGUUUUUCCUUUCCUUUUCCGCCCUUGGCAGAUUUUGUUAGUGUCUGCUUCCGCCAUCUUCUCCAUCGGAUUGACCAUUUUUACUUCCUUUCCGACAUGAAAAAGCACUACCAGGGGCGAAAGCGUGCGACAGCAAAUAGCAGGCCUUUUUGAAAGGUUAUUUGGUCUAAUUUCAGAAUCUGGUUUUUUAGUUUCUAUCUGUGGUACAGUAAAACACCAAGUUCUUAAUAACAGUUGCUAUAGAGCUCUAUCGUAAAUUUGUUACGCGUUAUUGCAAUCACAAAAACCUACAGUACAAUGAAAUGGAUAAUUCAGUGUACAAUAUCAGCAAAACUUUGUAGAGGUUGAAAACGUAUUUAUCAAAUGCUAUUUUACUUCCAUGGGUAGAAAAAGUUAUCAUUUCUUGGCGGCCACCAAAAAAAAUGAAAAUUCAACUCAAAGAAAAAAAAGUCUACAAAGGCAAUUUUGGUUUUGUGGUGAAAACGUCAUUUUCUUUAGAUUUACUUUUCGACGGAGAGCCUUACUAUUAACACCAAGGCCGAGUUGUUCAAAGCUGGGUUAAGAUAAUCCAGGGUUAGUGUGAGGUUUGAAUCCAGAUUUCAAAGCUUAAAAAGCAUUUCAGUUUUAAUUCUUUUGUUUACAAGUUUAUGAUUGAAAGCUCUGAAAAUAACAGAGAAAAUUAUCCGAGAAAAUGCUUUUGAACACAAGAAAGAGAAACCCGGGGUUAAGCGCUAAUGGGCCUUCGAACAACUGGGCCCAGGUGUCUACCUCCAUCGAACCACAAAAUAUGGUAUCUUUUUAAGACGAAAUAAGCGAGAAUUAUUAACUUCUUAACAAUAGUCUGUGUGUAGUCGUCCACGUUGUUGGCAGAGAAGCAUAAAAUUCCCAUCAACACCAUAUACUCUUCGUUGUUUUUUAUUUGGCAGAAGCACAUUUUUGAAAAUCAAACUGACAAAAACUCAGGUUUCUUGGAUCUAAUUUUGCUCUUUUUUUAACCUGUUUUAUAUUUUCGACAAUGACUAUACUCAUGAAGGGUGAAUUAAAAGGAAAAUAUUUGUUACUCUUAACUGAAUCGACAUUUCAUUCGCUUUCCAUCAUCAUGAACUCAAAUUCGCCAGAGUGGGGCAUAUUUUUACACCCCGUAUAGGUUUAUACAGAUCAGCAAAGAUGGGAAGAGAAAAUGUAAUUACAUAACUAAAAGAAGAAACUCAAUGUCAAUUUACAUGAGAUUAUGAACAUGAAAUUGUUCGCAAGCUGUUCAAUUUUAACUUUGCUGGAGGCAAAAGGAAGAUUGUCCUAAUUAAAUUCCACUGCGAUCAAACAUCGUUUUUUAAAGGAAACAUUUAUUCUAUUCGCCAUUGAACUAAUCCAGCGAAAUGUUUAAACCUUUUCACGAAGACAGCAAACAUUAUGACCGAAUCUAAAUAAAUAAACUAAUUAAUGAAUGAAUUGCUCAGGCUUGUACACGGAAACAAAACAAAAAAAUACAAAUCUGUUAAGAAAUUGAUCAGAAAGUAUUGCGUAUUUAAGAUUUAAUUUCUUGAAGUGAUCGUUAAAACGUGAAGCUCGUGACGAAAAUAAACCACUUAACAGAGUCUUAAGUCGAUAACGACUUAAGACUCGUACCGUCGAACGGAGUACACAUAGACAUUUUGAAGUAGACAAACACCACGAAAUUAUCCUUCCAAUGCAAAGUAGCUUUUCCUCUGGAAUACGUUAAUUUUUCUCCGCACCUAAGCAAUUAACCUUGUUUUCGUUGAAGGAAAUCAAGCAGUGAUGUCAGUAAUAAAGAAGAUAGUGGAAAGGAGCGAUAUGAAAAUUAAUUCUCUUUAUAAAAAAUGUCAGUGGAGCAACUUCAAUUUGUAUUUAUCGGAACGGGGCAUACAAAAACAACGGGGAUCCAUGGCCAACAACCUUCUUGUUAGAGGUAAUUACAAGUAAAGAAUGAGCCGAACAUAAUCAAAGAUUUAAUAAUUCUUAGGAAAACAGGAGGCCAUCUGACCCCUCUAUUCUAUGACUAAGUUAAACAAAAUUUAUUUUUAUGAUGUGAUGAAUAAAUGGAUUUCAUAUAUUUGAACCGCGGUCUAAGAAGAAAUAAAUCGCAACUUGACUGCAGUUGACUCUUUAUUUAUAUUGUUCUGUUAUAUUUAACCGUUCAUUUCUCUUUCUCCAAGUAUCUUCCCCCUUAAUUACUUACUUGAAAUUAUCCGGUUCACCAUUUUCAAUAUGCGUGUACCAUUUCUCCGGCGCAUUAAAUCUAAAGUCUAAAGGCAGAGAUGAAUUUUUUUUAAUUUCAUUUCAUUGUAGUAUAUCUAUACAACAGCAAACUCAACUUGCUGGCAGGUGGGCGAAUACAUGUAUUUCUGAAAAGAUGUUUUAAACAGUCAAGGGUCGAAACCUAAUACAGUGGUAUCAUUUUGGCUGCGAACAAAAAAAGAUUCAUUUGUUACUCACAAAAAUAGCCUGACAAAAGCCAAUUACUUUCUCGCUGUGAAAACAUUACUAGAUCUUGUUAGAAUUCAGUGUUUGUUUCAAUUGCUUUCAUCAAUGUCGAAAUAAGACAGAAUACUGCACGCAAGUAUUUAUAAAACCAUGAACUAAAUUAUUCUGGUUCGUAACAAUACAGUCGUCAGUCUGGUCAACCAGACUGAAGGCAGUAAGGCAUAAACUCCACAUGUUUUCAUCCCACCAUUAUUAUAACUUUUUAUCACUGGGAAUUAGAAACUGGCAUGCUUUUAGGUUUCCUCUUUUCAACGUAGAUGCCUCUAGUAAUUAAUCGUGAGGGAAUUAUUUUUUAGACAUUUCACUCGCUUGAAAUCACUAACUUAAGUUUUCAGUUCCACAUCAGUUUGCAGCUUAAGCUGGAAAGAAGGGAACGUUAUAUAUCCCGGUAACGAGAUCAGUUUGCGCCACCUGAAAGUUCAGGGCUCUUUUUGAAACGUUAUUUUGCUUAAUUCAAAACUUGGAUUUCUAGCUCCUAUCCGUGAAGCAGUAUUUACAAGUUUAACAUAAUUGUAUCAAAUUAUCAAUAACCGCAAAAACUUACAAAGAAAUUCGGAAACUUUAGUGUCCUUAUAUCAGUUAGAGCUUUGCACGGGCGAAAAAAGAGUUAUAAAAGAGUUAUCGUUUUUUGGCGGCCAGCAAAGAAUUUUUUUUCUUAUGAGUUAAAAAUAAUAUACAAAAGCCAUUUAUACGUUUUGUGAUGAAAAUUUCAUUUUUUUAGAUUUAAUAAUUUGUCAACGGUGAGGUUUCAAAUUGACGCGAUCUUAAAAAUACGGUACUGUAGUUUUUUUAAAUGCGAAAUAUUCGAGAAUUGCCAAACGAAUAAUCCGUAACUAGUUCAUAACACUGAUAGUCUAUGUACAAUGUCUGGUCGGCCACGUGUUGGCAUCGAAGCGUAAAAUUACCUUCAACAUCAAAUACUCGAUCCUCGUUGCUUCUUAUUUAAUUUGCGAGAGAUGCACCUAUUUGAAAAUCAAAGUGACACCAUUUCAGGCUAUCCGGCUUCAGUGCCUAAACAGGUGAGGUUGGAAAACGAAUUCGAAAUCCUUGAAAAUUUCAUCCAUCUUCUCUCAUCACGUUAAGAUGAUGUUUUCAUAUUCGCAUCUAGCGAUAUUUGGGCAAGUUAAGAAUAAUUAAACUGACAGUACUAUUGCCGUUUAAUCUUGUUCUUAAUUUGUUAAUUGUGAAUUGCUUCUUCCAAUUUGAAAGUUGCGAUCUAUAGUGAUACCUGUAGUUCACAAACUGUAUUAACCUCAGUCAGUAGGGGAAAGUGUAGGAUGGUUAAAAUGUUUACUUCACUUCUGAAAAUAUUGAGUGGAAUUAAUUAUUUUUGAUGUAAGUGACAGUUUCAUAUUUUAAUAUGAAACUGUCAUUUCAUAUACAUUUCAUGAAGAACAACUAAAAACGCUGUUAUAAUGUCUUUCCCCCGGGGGGGGGGGGGGGGGCCCCCCCCAAAUAGGGGUUAUAUGGGGCGGGCCGGGGGGGAGAGAAUUGUUUUUUAGGGCUUGGUCGUUUUGUAUGGGUUGUUUUUUUUUCGAAGAAGAAGGUGUGCUAGGUGUUGUUGUGUUUGUGGGGUGGUCGGUUUUUUUCUUUCAGAAAAAAAAAAUAUGGGUGUUAUUUUUUUUUUUUUUUGUAGUUAUAUUUUUUUUAUUUUUAAAAAAAACUUUUUUUUUAAUUAAUUUUAAGAAAAAAAAAAAAAAAACGUUUUUUUAUUUUCCCCCCGGGGGGGGGGGGGGGGGGGGGGCUACUCCCAUAUAUGGGCUAUAUAGGUACGUGCCGGGGAAUAGGAUAUCGUUUUUGAGGUUCUCGGUCCUUAAAUAGGGUAUCUUUUUUGACCCUUUUGUUUCUGUGUCCCUGGUGUGGUCCUUAGAUAGGGUAGCUUAAUUGUAUUAUCUAAUACUGGAGUGUGAAAACGCCCGCCUAAACGAACAUUUUUUUUUUGUUAAACUAGGCUUAUUCUAGUAUUUUAUGCUUGAUGCUAUACAUCCAAUGUUACAGAGAAGAAAUAAAGUUUUCCUUUUCAUGCUAUUUAUAAUAUUGUUUUUUCCUUGAAUAGGGUGUCAUUUUUCGGCUUUUGGCCUUAAAAAGGGUAUCAGUUUUCGCUUUCUCAGUCCUUAAAUAGGGUUAGGGUUCAUGAACCUUCGCGGCACACCCCUAUCCAAAAUUCGCGGGAGUACCCUCCCGGGUGUCUUUCUCUCUUUUCCUAAAAAAAUGAUUUUAAGGUCUGACAGAAGAACUUUGUCCCAAUUUAGCAAGUUUUGCUGAGACUUUUUCCGCUGCAUUAAUUUAUACUGAGGGUUUGUAUAAAGAUUUCCGAUCCGUGUACACUUUCCAUUGGAAUUUGUCUUUAACAUCUCGUUUUCCUCUAGUGUACAAUGCAUAAUUAAUACCUACCUGUUCCGGAACCGGAAGCUUUUUAUUGGCAGCAUGCUGACAAACCCGUUUUCUCAUAUGGCAUAUUUUCUUGUCUGUUUGGCCAUCGUGCGCACUGAGAUUGACCAGUUUUUUCUCUUUUGAAACAAGUAGGGGAAACUAUUGGGCUGAAAGAGUGAGACACCUAUAAAGGUUAUUUUAUUUAAUUGAAAUACAAGAUUCGCAGUAAUAACGCUCAACGAAAAAUCUGAUCAGCUGUGUAAGAACACAUCGAGCUCCAACGUACCCUAAUUAGUUAUUUACAAGCUGGACUAAAUUAAAUUUAUACAGUCUUGAUGUUUGUUAACUAUGCAGAAAUCUCAACAAGAGAUGUAUAGUUCAGUGUCAUAUGUCCGUAAAAUUGCGCUGAGGAAGAAUAAAAAUAUUUCGGAAACGCUGCCAGUUUCAUUUUUACGGGCGAAAAUAAGAUGGUUUUAAUUUUUGGCUGUCAGCAAAAUAUUUUCUUAUUACACACAGAAACGGUCUGACGAAAGCCAAUUACUUUCUUGUGAAAAUAUAACUGGAUUUUUUAGAACUUGUAUUUACUUUCAUCAACCUCAAAAAGAAUGCAGUAUUUUUUCCCUUUUUUAAAAGAUGGAACACUGUAUGCAAGAAUUACCAAAUAUUAAGAGCAGGAGCCAAUUCAGAGCUCCUGUUAAGAGUCAAAACAAAACAGACAACAUAGUCAUAGGCCACGCUGAAGGUAAUAAUAACGUCAGGCACAUGUUUUCAUGCCCUUUUUUUCUCCAUUUUUAUCGACGGGAAUUGAAAUCUGACUGACAUACUUCUUUUUUAUUGAUAGCUACCUUCGGUAA